AUGAUGGCAAACUAUAGAACCAUCAAGAUUAAAUGGAAAAAAUAUCAAUAAGAAAAUUAAAUUGACAGUCUUUUAAAAUUAUUAUUAUAUUUUAUGAUAAUUGAUCCUAUCAUUGUUGAAAAUUGCAAAUGGGGAGCAACAUAAUACAUAUUAGUUCAUCAAAACUAAGCUACCAAAGGUAAUGUAGAAUUCACUUAUUUCACAAUUUGCAAGUCUCUGAAUAAUAAACUAGUCAUUGACUAUUUCAAUGUUGAUUCGUACAAUCUCCUUUUUAUUUUAGAUUCAUUGAUGCUCCUUUAAAUAAGUGUAAUGACCUAUUAUGGUAACAUGACGUAGAUGAAUUUUACAUAGGGACUAAGAAAGAAUAUUACGUAAUUAAUGUCUCACCAAAUGGAGCUUUGGCAUAUUCAACUAAAAUCAAUCCUAAUGGAAAUUGCUCCGAUAUAAUAACCAUUUAUAGAUAAUGUGACUAGAUAUCCUAUUUUGCUGAAUUUGUCACACCAACUGCAUGGAAUGCUCAUAUAGAAUUGCCCAUUUCUAUGUUUACCUAAUAUAUAUACCAAUUUCUUUAGAGCAAAUAAGAUGAAGGAUAACUCAACUCAUUAUAUGAGUUACAAUCCUAUCAAUUCAUAACCUGCUUGCUUCCAUAGACCAGAUAAAUUCAUUUAAUUGAUAGUGUGAAGUAUAAGUUGAACCAUCAAAUUUAUAUAAUUUAAUAUUAUGUAAAAUUUAUUUCUAGACCCUAUCUAUUUGUCAACUCAUAAAUUAGCACAACUUUUUAGAAAUUUUUGAUUUGA